GGAAGAGACCAACCAGAAGGCUACUAUAAUAGUCCAAGUGAGAAAGAAGACCUUGAGGUUCAAGAGCCAGUUCUACCACUCAUUACAAGCAUGGCCUUGGUCCGCAACACCUGUGUCAGCCAAGGCUGCCCUGCAACAUCUUCAGAUGCUAUGAUUCACAGCUGUGGAGGCUCUUGGAGAAUUGACCUGUCCCCCAACACACCACCUAGCUCCAGAAGGUGAUAGAGCCAGAAGUAACUAAGAAGGAAAAAAACCCCACCAAGACAGCUGAUGAGUUUGGGAAGAGUGGGUUCUCCUGGAAUUUGUGGAUUUCAUUAGACUCCCCCAACUUUGGUUCAAGGCAAAAAGAAGAAAAUGCGUGAAAUCGUACAUAUUCAGAUUGGCCAGUGUGGGAACCAGAUCGGAGCCAAGUUCUGGGAAGUGAUUGGGGAGGAGCACGGGAUUGAUGUCAAUGGGAGCUACCAAGGAGAUUCACCCGAGCAGCUUCAAAGAAUAAAUGUUUACUACAAAGAAGCCUAUGAUAAAACAUACGUGCCUCGAGCUAUCUUAGUGGAUCUGGAGCCUGGUAUCAUGGACAGCAUUCGGUCUAGCAACUUAGGAACCCUCUUUCAACCUGAUAAUUUUAUCCACGGUAAUUCGGGAGCUGGCAACAAUUGGGCAAAGGGUUACUAUACGCAAGGCGCUGAACUGAUUGAAGAAGUGCUGGAUGUGGUCAGGUAUGAGAGUGAGAACUGUGACUGCCUUCAGGGUUUUCAGAUAGUCCACUCACUGGGGGGAGGAACUGGAUCUGGUAUGGGUACUCUCCUUAUGAAUAAGAUCAGAGAAGAAUAUCCAGACCGGAUUAUGAAUACCUUUAGCAUAAUGCCUUCUCCUAAAGUCUCUGAUACAGUUGUAGAGCCAUAUAAUGCCGUACUUUCCAUCCAUCAGCUCAUUGAGAACCCUGAUGCAUGCUUCUGUAUUGAUAAUGAAGCCCUAUAUGAUAUAUGCUUCAGAACUUUAAAGUUGACAACUCCCACUUACGGUGACCUCAAUCACUUGGUGUCCUUGACAAUGAGUGGGAUUACUACCUCUCUUCGCUUUCCUGGUCAACUUAAUGCUGAUCUGAGAAAACUGGCAGUGAACAUGGUUCCUUACCCCCGGCUCCACUUCUUUAUGCCUGGCUUUGCCCCACUGACAGCGCGGGGCACUCAGCAGUACAGACCUCUCACCGUUGCUGAACUCACCCACCAGAUAUUUGAUGCCCGUAACAUGAUGGCUGCCUGUAACCCCCGCAAUGGACGUUACUUAACGGUAGCCUGUAUUUUUCGAGGCAAGCUAUCCACCAAGGAAGUGGAUGAACAGAUGCUCAAGAUGCAAACCAAAAAUAGCAGUUAUUUUGUGAAGUGGAUUCCCAACAAUGUCAAAGUAGCUGUGUGUGACAUACCACCACGGGGACUAAGUAUGGCUGCAAUCUUUAUGGGGAAUAACACUGCAAUUCAGGAGUUAUUUAUCAGGGUUACUGAGCAAUUUUCAGCUAUGUACAAAAGGAAGGCUUUUAUCCACUGGUACACGGGUGAAGGGAUGGACUUAAAUGAAUUUCUAGAAGCAGAAAGUAACAUCCAAGAUUUGAUAACAGAAUAUCAACAAUGUCAAGAUGGCAAAACAAUCCAGAAGAAGAAGAAGAAGCAGAAGCAAAAGGCCAAAAAAGUAGCUGAGACAGAAUCAGAAGAAACAGAAGAAACAGAAGGAACAGAAGGAACAGAAGGAACAGAAGGAACAGAAGGAACAGAAGGAACAGAAGAAACAGAAGAAACAGAAAACGAAGAGUCAACAGAGGAAUGAAAGAAAAAAAAAAAGCUUAAAUGUGAGGUAACCUCUAUAUCAAAGAUAUAAUCAAGAAUUUUGCUUAGCAUAGUUUUUAGUUUGUGUGUGUGGUUUUGUUUAACCCUUUUGGCUUUAUGUUCCAAAUACAGUGAAGAACAGA